GAUGCUGCAUCGGCGAAGAAAUCGUAUCCAUUCCCAAAACCGUGAUUGAAAUGACUAGUCUGGGAGAUGUAGCGACUGUCACCCCUGAAAAGCCAUGUGUGAGAAGGCGCAGUGUACGUGUUCAAAAAAUAAUGUCAGGCAUGCCGGAGAAGGGAGGUCACUUAACGUUUGGACACAAAUUCGCCCUUGCUGUUGGAGCUGGUCCUAUUACGUUGCCUUUGAUUACAACUACUGUUUACAUUCAAAUGUUUUUACUUGACGUUGCUCGUGUGCUUCCAAUGUAUGCUACUACGAUUAUUGUGGUUGCUCGGAUAUUAGACGCUGUUUCAGAUCCAACAGUUGGUGCUAUUGUAAACAAAACGCAAGAAAAGGGUGGCUCUCUGCGUAAAUGGAUGUUAUUCUCUCUACCCAUCUCUAUUCUGAGCUUUUUCUUUCUCUGGUGGGUGCCUCCGUUCCUCACCGAUCAAGUAAUGGUCUUCAUCUACUACAUGAUAGUCUACACCGUCCUCCAAAUGGCCUUUACUAUGUAUAGUAUACCGUUUUGCUCUCUUGUCAUGUACCAGAGCACAGAUGAAAGUGAAAGAGACGCGGCUACUUCCUUCCGAUUGGUCGGCGAGGCUGUGUUCGCAGUGCUUUCCCUUUUUGUGGUCAGGUUCUCAGAGCUGAUUACAGACAGUGGAUCCUUAGAAAAUAGCAAUUGCCUCCUAACGAACUCCUUGGUGGGACCUGAAACAGUGGGCAGGUACCGACAGACAUUUAUGAUGCAAGGGGCAGUGGGGUCCCUCAUCAUCCUAAUCAGCGGACUCUACUGUUUCUUCGGCAGCAUGGAGAACACUGACAUCCACAUAGAUGCUAAGAUAGGCAUGUUGAGGAGUUUCAAGAACUGUAUGACGUUCAAACCUUACUUGCUGCUCGCGUUUGCGUACCUAGGUUAG